AUGGGUCAAGGCUACUCCCUCACGACCCUCUCUGCGGGUUCGGCGGGGAUCGAUAUUCCCGAGCUGUCCGACCUGACAUAUGAGAAAUCUAUGGGUGGCGGCCGGUUCAUGAAGAGUAUUCGAGCAAGGCAAAAGAAUGGCUUAGUCUUUGUAAAGGUAAUCAUGAAGCCUUACCCGAGUAUGAAGCUUGAGCCAUAUGUCAGAGCUAUUAUCCGGGAACGCAAGCUCUUAUCAGAUAUUCCAAAUGCGUUGGCAUAUCAGAGAAUACUCGAAACGAGUACUGGGGGUUACCUCGUUCGUCAGUACAUCCACAGCUCGCUCUAUGAUCGCAUGAGUACUCGACCUUUUCCAGAGGACAUUGAGAAGAAAUGGAUCGCUUUCCAACUCCUCUGUGCUCUCAGGGAUUGCCAUGCGGUUGAUGUCUUCCACGGUGAUAUCAAGACAGAAAAUGUCUUGGUCACGGCCUGGAACUGGGUGUACCUCUCAGAUUUCUCCUCUUCUUUCAAACCUACCUUUCUCCCGGAGGACAACCCUGCCGACUUUUCGUUCUAUUUUGACACAUCCGGACGUCGAACUUGCUACCUGGCUCCGGAACGGUUCCUUGUCGCCAACGAGGAGCCAGGGAGUAGGAACGUGAACUGGGCCAUGGACAUAUUCAGCGCUGGCUGUGUCAUUGCCGAGUUAUUCUUGGAGUCGCCCAUAUUCACACUGAGUCAGAUCUACAAGUACAGAAAAGGUGAAUACAGUCCCGAGCAUAGCCAGCUAGCCAAGAUUGAAGAUCCCGAAAUACGCGCUCUGAUCCUCCAUAUGAUCCAACUCGACCCUGAAUCCAGAUACUCGGCAGAGGAAUAUUUGAACUUCUGGAAGAUCAAGGCAUUCCCCGAAUAUUUUUACAGCUUUCUACACCAAUACAUGUCCCUCAUGACCGACCCUUCUUCUGGUAGGACGCAAGUUGAGGCUGGGUCGGCAAAUCGAGGAGAAGCCGAUGACAGGAUAGAGCGGGUUUAUCUGGACUUUGACAAGAUAUCCUCUCUUUUAGGUGCGCACCUUGAGCCCGGCAAAGACGGGUCCUUGAGCACAACUUCUAAGCUUACAAGCGGUACCUUCCCUGUGGAGCUUGACCUGCCGCGUUACAAAUACUCGGAUCGCACGUCAACUGAUGACGGGGUGCUGAUCUUCCUGACGCUUGUUGUAUCCAGUCUCCGCAGCACUUCCAAAUCAUCAGCCCGAAUCAAAGCUUGUGAUAUCCUUCUUGCAUUCGCAGAGAGGCUAUCCGACGAAGCAAAGUUAGACCGCAUUCUCCCGUACAUCAUGAUCCUGCUCAAUGACCGAACGGACUCUGUGAAGAUCGCGGCGAUACGGUCUCUUGCACGGCUUUUGGAGAUGGUCCAAGUUGUCUCGCCCGUCAAUGCAUAUCUCUUCUCCGAAUACAUCUUUCCGAGACUACAACCGUUUGUUCCAAACGCAAACUCACAGCCCAGUCCGGCUGUACGUGCCGCGUAUGCCUCGUGUAUUGCAUCGCUCGCGCAUUCUUCGCUUCGAUUCCUGGAUAUGAUUCAAGCAUUACGCUCGGACACGCGCCUGCCAGCACUGAUACCAGCUGGCUCUGAGCCGAGAUGGACUGAGGAUUCCACAUACCAUAAUCUGUAUGACGUAGCAAGGAUAGAUCUCCUUGACUACUUUGAAACUCACACCAAAGCCUUGUUGACGGACACCGAUGCUUCUGUUCGCCGCGCGUUUCUGGGAUCUGUGUCCAGUCUAUGCGUGUUUUUCGGUACCAUAAAGACAAACGAAGUAAUCCUAAGCCAUCUCAAUACAUAUCUAAAUGAUCGGGAUUGGAUUCUCAAAUGUGCGUUCUUCGAGGCUGUCGUGGGCGUUGCUGUUUAUGUUGGCACCACCAGCCUGGAGCAGUAUAUUCUACCUCUAAUGGUUCAGUCAAUGACAGAUCCAGAGGAGUUUGUUGUUGAAAGAGUCCUUCGCUCGCUUGCGGCCAUGGCGGACCUUGGUCUUUUCCAGAGACCCACCACUUGGGAUCUUUUACACGCCACUGUGCGUUUCUUAGUACAUCCAAACGCCUGGAUCCGAGAAGCUGCUGUCAGCCUGGUUGUCAAUUCAACCAAAUUUCUAUCCACGGCCGAUAAGUACUCCAUUCUCACCCCCCUCGUUCGCCCGUUCUUAAAGGUGAGUAUCGUGGAUUUCUCCGAAGGAGACAUACUCGAUGCUCUGAAAACUCCACUCCCUAAAGCCUUGUAUGACCAAGCGUUUGUGUGGGCAUCGCAAGCUGAAAAGGGAUUUUUCUGGAAGUCUGUCGGUCGAGAUGGUGCUUCUCUGGGUAGCGUUGAUGCCGCGUUUCAGAAGAGGGCAUCAAAGGCCUUCUCCCUAUCCGCGCAACCUAAAAAUGAUGAGGACGAGCAAUGGAUCGCGAAGCUGAGGGCAUUAGGAUUGACCACUGAGGACGAGUCUAAAUUGCUCGCCUUGAGGGAGCACAUUUGGAGGGUCUCCAUGCGUCAAACCAAGGAUCAUGAGAGCGCAGGGGCUUCGUUGAAUAACGUGGUUGCCUUAAUCGAUUAUGGAGUUACACCCCAAACAGUGUUCUUUGACAAAAGCCAAAACGUCAAGGCGCGAAGAAAUCACGAGAAUCCUGUCGGGAGGCCGCAAUUAACCCGAGCCGAAGAUAGUAAGGCACAUACCAUCGCCGACGCACUGCUUGAUGCCUCCACCACAAUCGACAAUAAUGCAAACUCGCGACGGCGACAUGCACGCACCAAAAGUCAAGCUCAGCAGGAAAUCGAAGCCGCUAUCUCGACUCCGAGGCCGAACAAUAUUGAGGUACUUCGUGCAGAAGACUCUCCCGCAUCUUCCCCUAUCGCGUCGUCGCCAAGUGCAGCGCCGGGAUCUCGCCCAAUGUCGCCCCCUAGCUCUGAUGCUGAGCGCAAGCUACCGGAAGGUAGACGGAGCCCUGGUCAAGAGAGCUCGUCAACGGAGACGGACAACCUUAGUCUGAGGAGAUUGAAAGCUGGGGUGCAGAAAAAAUCGAGUGCGAUAAGUUUGCUCAAUCGCAGGGAUACCGCAAAGGCAUACGCAGAAACAGGGACCAGUUCAGCGAAUGUCUUUGGUAAAAUCGGCGUUCCAGCCCAGAGGGAUGCUAUAUCGCCUGCUCCUCGUGAAAGGAAGCCUGUGGACCUGCAGACGCAUCAGUACCGCGCCAAUCACUCGUACGCAGGGAACGAUCCCAUGAUUCUCAGACUUCUAGACUCUGUAUUUGCGGAGAACUAUCCCACAGAUUUCUUUGACCUUGGUCCCUAUGUCAAAGAGUUGGAUACUCGACGGCCGAUUAUGAAAGCGGACGGCGAUGUGAGCAAAGUCUGGAAACCAACAGGGACGCUGGUGACGCUCUUUGGAGAGCAUAGUGGACCUGUGAACCGAGUGGUCGUUGCACCAGAUCACUCGUUCUUCAUCACCGGUUCCGACGACGGCACUGUCAAAGUAUGGGACACCACACGUUUGGAGAAGAACCUCACACCUCGGUCACGCCAAACGUACCGUCACUCUAGCGACGCCAAGGUGAGGGCGUUAACUUUCGUUGAGAAUACCCAUACAUUCGUCAGCGGUGCCACUGAUGGCAGUAUCCAUGCUGUCAAAGUUGGAUACCACAAUUCCAACGGCACAGUGCGGUAUGGGAAGCUACAGCUUGUGCGCGAGUACCAGCUAUCCACUACAGAUGAUGCGUCGCCUGAGUACGCAGUCUGGAUGGAACACUUCCGCACGGACGCACAGUCAACACUGCUCAUUGCAACGAGCAUGUGUCGAAUCAUCGCUCUAGACAUGAAAUCCAUGCGACCGGUAUACACCUUGCAGAACCCGACCCACCACGGAACCCCUACUUCUUUCUGCUGCGACCGUAAACACAACUGGCUCCUCGUCGGUACGACACACGGAAUCCUUGACCUGUGGGAUCUCCGGUUCCAGGUGCGGCUUAAGGCCUGGGGCCUGUCGGGCUCAGGCCCUAUUCACAGGCUGCAGCUCCAUCCGACCAAAGGCCAUGGCCGGUGGGUGUGCGUCUCCGCAAGUGGCAACCAUGGAAACGAGAUCAUUGUCUGGGACAUUGAAAAGACCAAGUGCCGUGAAGUGUACCGGGCUGAUUCACCCGCACUAGGACACAACCACCCAAACCAGGCAAAGGGCAUUUCAGACAAAGAAAUUGCCAGGCGGUCCCCACCAAAUCUCAAAGACUACGAAGCCUGGCACGUCGAAGGUGACCGCCCAGAAGGCAUGCUCAGCCGCUUCGGAACAGGAACCGUCGAACCACCAUCCGGUUCACCCUCAACGGGUACCUCAUCCGGAACCGGAAUCAACACCUUCAUCGGCGGAUUUGAUUGCCCCGAAGAUGGGAGAGAUAAUAGCACCCGCGUCGGCUUCAUUAUCUCCGGCGGCUGCGACCGCAAAAUCCGAUUCUGGGAUCUGCAUCGCCCAGAUCAGUCUUGUAUUAUCAGCGGUCUGGAUCCCAUCUCCGAUGGAACAGUUACAGGGUCCCCGCGGUACGAGGUAUCCUCGCCCACGCAAUCGCUGACCUUCGCCAUCGAGCACCUACCCAACCCCGGUGCCAACGCGGGUGGUGCAAAAGGGAGUGGUAAGAGGAGCGGCGGGGGACGGCUACCAAGGAGCACAGUGAUAAGCCUCCAGCAGCAGCAGCUUUUGAAGAGCCAUCUAGAUUUUAUCCAGGAUAUUGCAGUGCUAAGGGUACCGUAUGGGAUGAUCAUAAGCGUGGAUCGGGCUGGGAUGGUGUAUGUUUUUCAGUAG